AUGGGUGGACCCUCGAACGCGGUGCCGGAGAACGAUCCUCCGCCAGUUUCUUAUGCACCACCGCCACCGCCAAUGGGUUUUGACAACCCAAUCGCAACUUACCCAGGUUCUUCUGGGUACAACCCUUUUGAAAAUCCAUCAGGAUAUCCAUCGGAUUAUGGAACUCAUGAUCCGUACCUUACAACUGCACAAUACCAUCAUCUUUACCCUUCUUCUUCUUACCCUCCAGUUUAUCCAACUGGAUACCCGGUACAGGGUUAUCAAUACCCGCCUUACCAGCAACCUCCUCCCCAGCAGCAGCAAACUCAGGAGAUCCUGGAAAGGUUAGAUAGGGUUGAGCAUGAGGCAAACAAAACCAAGAAGCAGCAUAGUAGCUUUCUCAAAGGCCUUGCGAGCCUAAUUAAGGGCAAGAAGAAAUAG